CACAAGUCCGCCGAAAGGCGCUGAAAAGGUCUCGAAACUUGCUUUUGAAGCUGGCAGUGGACUACAAUGAAUUGCUGCGGGUAGUCGGAUCCAUUGUCAAUUCAAUUUCAAUAACAACCAAACAAACCGCUCGACCCUCGAGGACCCGACCGGCAUGGAAUCACCCGAUUGUCUCCCAACACCAAAUUCCCGGCCUUUGGUGCAGCUUGCAGAGCAAUAAUAAUCACGGCCGCAUUUCCGUUGUACAAGCAUCUACUUCGGCAAUGGCCUCGGUCACAUCUCUCGGGGUGCAUCAACCCAUUGGCCUGCGUCAUGCUGUCGACGAGGGGAUUUUACCACCAAACCCUCCCGCCUCUUCCUAUUCUUGGGAGGUUAUUAUCAGCAAAGAAGACGGCCGAGAAUACGAAGACGAGCUCCUCACCACCGAAAACUGCGUGAUCUGGUCUCGCGGAGGUAUCUUUCGAAAGAGCUUCAGUUUCGAUCCGGAGAAGGAGCCAGUAACGCAAGCCCUCCUCGCCUACUUCCCAGCUUCUUCCGAUAGCCCGGGAGUCACUUCGCAAACCGAACAGUCGACGCCGAAUCGCCCCGACAAACCCGCCCUUUCUCGAGCCCUUGUCGUCUUCCUCAGGUCGCAAGCCCAUAUAUAUUUCCUCUCCGGUACCAGCCAUGUGGUCCACAUGCCUUUCGAGGUCGAAUCGGCCUGUGCCGGCCCCCGAGGCGUCAUCAUACAACGAAAACUACGAGUCGACGGCACACCGGUCUCCCUGAGGUUGCCAAAAAUACCCCCGGCCUCCUUCGUCUCUUCCGAGCCACUCGGCCCCCGCCAUUCCCAUGGCCACGGCCUCACAGAAUUCUCGACCGAAGGCUUGGGCAACCCCAAAGCCCUGCCCUUGCGGUUGAGCUUAACAUUAGAGAAUAUGUGGCAACAACCCAUGGAGGCGAGCGAAAGCCAUUGGCCGCGCCUGGUGUGCCUCAACGACCCUUUGCUCGAGAUUGGUCUGGUGGUAACGCACCCCGAAGUACCGGCGACAGGAAAGGGCCGAAAAAGCCCACCCGCCCCCGUCUUUCUCGGCCGCUCCGAAGAGAUCCUUCACAUCCAGGCCGUUCAAAUCCCCCGUACCUCUGCAACGAGUUCUUGCGAGCUCACCAUUGUAGUUACGGUCAACAGGGAGAUUAACAUGUACACCAUAUGGCGUUUGACAUACCCUGAAUACGAAGAUUCCUUUUUAGAUCCACAGCAAAAGCAAAAGACCAAACCUUCGCGGCGGCGGAGUUCCAUGGCACCAGGACUGGCAAGUGGCGCGGCUACUCCCAUCCACCCGUCGACGAGAGAAAGCUUCGGUGCCCCACUCCCGGGCAAGAAGACAAGGAAAAGUGUCAAGCUAGAGGGCAAGGAAAAGGCCCUUGAGAACGCUUUAAGCUCGCUGGUGGACGCUGAAAAGGGCAGUGAUGCUACACGCAGGCAGUCCCGGCGAGUGAGCUCCCUGCUAGCCCGCGCUGAUUUGUCUGCUUCGCAAGACAGAGCAACAUUUGCCGAGCAGCCGUUGCUUGGUAACCACGGAGGGAGGCGGAUCGAGUCGCACGGUAGUCAGCGGCUCCGGCUAAGCAGCGGCUACGGCGCACCAAGUUUCGGCGCGACGUUUAACUACAAUCGUAUCAACCAGCUACCCGAGGCUCCAGUCGACAACCUGCUUGAAGAGCUACGUGCCGGUGGUGAUUUUGAAGGCUUUCACAACAUGGGUCUUGACGACCAUGAUUUUGACGGGCUUGUACGCGAGAUGAUGCUCACCAAGAUCCAGAGCGUUGGCAUGGAUAACGCAAACGUGCGAUAUUCACUCUCUGGCAAACCGGCCAGAACGCAGGCCAAAGUGUUCAUUCUUGCAGGGCCCCCGACGGCGACAGAUGACCAUGGUCGAUCACAGUUGUUGAUCGCCAUUCAAGAUCCGGUCGAUAAGAGACUGCAGCUCCUCACCCUCCACGUCCAACAUCUAGAGGGACAAACACCAAAGAAAAACAAAACAAAACAAUUCCCAGACCUUGGUGAUUUCGAUAUCAUUCCUGGCGAACCCAGGAGGGUCCAGAGUGUGGUCGAUUCCUGCAAGAUCUCAGAUGGAAUCGAGUCCAUCAUGAUCCUGUCAGAGGACAGGCGCGGUGGCAGAGAGCUCAGCUUGCAGUCACCAUGGGGCAAAGUUACAACAGUCACACUACCUUCGCUUCUAGUUAACAACAUUGGCAGCCUCCAGUUCGCUGGCAGUCACAGAGUCAGUGGAACGAUUCAAGGACAGCGGCCCCCUAGCGUUAGCCUGACGGGAACUCAAAUCGACGCGAUUUGUCACCCCAACUCCCUCGGUGCCGUUGACCUUCGAGACAAGGACGGGAAGUUCCAUCGGAUACGAAUUCAGCUGCAGCCCUCCUCCCCCCAAGUACGCCGAGUCUUGGAUGCCUGUCGCGGUGUUCUCCACGCUUCAUAUGCGGAUAGGAUCGUUGCCGGGUGGUGGCACGUCAUGCAAUGGCUCCAAGACGCGAAACGCCGAGGACUUGAACAUGCAAUCGCCGACGUGGAAUGGUCGGCUGCCGUGAUCCUCAUAUUGUCAAGUUUCCUAGCUCUGGGACACAACAGCGAAACCUCGCUGCGGACGCUUGCUAAUGAAACGGUGAAACCGGCCGCGAAAAACAAAUGGGAAGCGAUGCAGUUGCGUGAGACACCAAACUCAUCGGCCUGCCCCCAGUGGAUGCGGACCAAGGCGUGGCAAUGGGCCCUCGACGACCUGUCGGGAACGCCCAGCACCGCCGGUGCACAACCAUGGCCUUCGGGUAGUUUUGUUGCAUUCCACGUAACCCUCGCCAAAAGAUGGAUGGCUUCAUCAGGCGGGCUAUCCGCCUUCGGCUUUGAAGGGUAUCUCCCUACAGCCCUAAACAGGACUGGUGAACCCCGUAACAUGGCCGCCUGGAGUAUACUGCUUGCUUUACACCUGCUCGUCGAGGAACAAAAGCUCAACGUUCUAGCCUCUGAGCAUUCGUCUCCUGGGCAAGCCGAUACGAAGGCACUCCUUCACCAACUAGCCAGAUGGCUGGGCUGGCACCGCUACGCGGCCGUCUAUGCCCUAGGUGCCCAGGCGGAGCCAGAUUUCGCGGACGACCUUGUCCCGUUCGUUGUGGCCGACUUGACCGAGCCCCCGUUCGAUUACUGCAUCCUGACCUGGAUUCAGGGACAUCUCGCAACCGGCCGCGGCACCGAGUACCCCACGUUAUCGGACCUGUACGCCAAUGCUACUCGCGAUACUUUGGGUGGGAAACUAAGGCACCAGCUAUGGGCGAGCCUCACGCCUCGCACGCUGAUGUUUGAGAGACUUUUCGGGCGUCUUGGUUCAACAACCCACCGCCUGGAAGCGGUGGUGGCCAUGCAUGAGUGUGGUUUCACCCCUCAAAUACUCGAGACGCUACCAGAAGCGAUCCUCACGGCUCUCCAAGAUGUCAUCUCCAUCUGCCAGCCAAAACCCCCUCUUUCCUGGCCCAAGGACCUGCUUACACUCGUCGGGAGGACAGACGUGAGCGGCGUGUUGCAACCAACCAAAACAUGGCGGGCCCUUGGUUCCGACGUCAAUGCGCCCUCGCACGAAGCGAAGCGGGACUUCCGCGCGCUGUGUCAGACUCUCGAUGGGUCCAACGACCAUGUUGAGGAUGCCGGCGCGGCCGAGCGCCAGGCUGUUGUGCGUUCCUUGUUCAGAGAGGAUAGGAGAUUGAAUGAAGCACAAGGCAUGCUGUCGACCAGCAAGCAUCGUGUUGUACGCCUGGACCCAAAGACCGAAUGGACCGAGCCCGAGUACUUGGAGAAACAGAAAGAAUUAGUUGCGACUAUCGCGACGAGUACUCUGGCCAUCGCAGCCGGACGAGGCCUUCUACACUUUUCCCUUCGGUACCCGCUCCUUACCCAGAAGUACCAGAUUUCGGCCUUCAACUUGAAUUGUCUCGUCAAGCCCGCCAACAACACGGUGAGCGUCGACAAGAGCAUGUUCCCAGAAGAGAAGAUCAGCUGGGCGUUCUUUCACCAAGGAGUCUCCGGUGGUCUGGCAAUAUCACCACAGGCCAAGGGCAUUGAUACGUCAUGGAUCUUAUACAACAAACCGGGGCAGGACCUCAGCAACCGCCACGCAGGCUUCCUACUCGCGCUCGGGCUGAACGGCCACCUCAAGUCGGUUGCCAGAUGGGUUGCGUUUAAGUACCUCACCCCCAAGCACACCAUGACCACCAUCGGCCUUCUUCUCGGUCUAGCAGCGUCGUACAUCGGAACCAUGGACGCGCUUAUGACCCGCCUCCUGUCUGUCCAUAUCACGCGCAUGCUACCCCGUGGGGCGGCCGACCUCAACCUCUCGACAGCCACCCAAACUACUGGUGUCAUGGGUAUCGGACUGGUCUACUGCAACAGCCAACACCGGCGGAUGAGCGAGAUCAUGCUGUCAGAGAUUGAGCACGUCAGUAGUAGUGACGAAGAGGAGGAUGGGUCAAUCCGCGAUGAAAGCUACCGCCUCGCAGCUGGGUUUGCGCUUGGGUUCAUCAACCUCGGCAAGGGCGGUGACCUGAAGGGUUUACGAGAUAUGCAGCUCACGGAAAAGCUGCUCACUGUCGCGACGGCGACCAAGCGUAUGGAACUUGUCCACGUUCUCGACUGGUCAGCGGCUGGCGCCGUAGUGGCCAUCGCGCUCAUCUACAUGAAGUCGGAGGACCAGAUCGUUGCGCGCAAGAUUGAUGUCCCUGACACCCUGUUGCAGUUCGACUACGUCCGACCGGACAUCCUCCUCUUGAGAACGGUUGCGAAGAACCUGAUCCUCUGGAAUGAGGUAGAUCCCACGUUUGAGUGGAUCCAGGAUAGCCUGCCCGUCGAGUACAGAUCGAGGUAUAAACUGACAAGCGUGGUCAAGCUGCAAAGCCGGGACCUCCCUUUCUUCUCGAUUCUUGCCGGUCUCUGUUUCUCGUUGGGCCUGCGCUUCUCCGGAUCGGCCAACGUCAGGGUCCGAGAUCUGCUCGUGCACUAUCUCGACCAGUUCAUUCGCAUCGGACAAAUCCCCGUGAGCAACUACGACAGCGAGCUCGCCCGAAACAACGCACGCAUGUGCAUGGACACAUUGGCGCUCUCUUGUGCCAUGGUGAUGGCCGGGACGGGAGAUAUCACCGUCCUCCGCCGGCUCCGUGCCCUCCACGGCCGAGACGACACCACCACCUCCUACGGCAGCCACCUCGCAGCCCACCUCGCCAUCGGCGCCCUCUUCCUCGGCUCGGGGACCGCAACAUUCGGCACGACCGACCUCGCCAUCGCCUCCCUCCUCGUCGCCUUCUACCCGCUCUUCCCCGCCAACGUCCAAGACAACCGCUCCCACCUCCAAGCCUUCCGCCACUUCUGGGUCCUCGCCACCGAGCCCCGCUGCCUCGUCACCAAGGACCUCGUCACCAACCAGCCCCUCAACCUGCCCAUCCUCAUCCGCCUCCGCCCGGGCUCCCCCUCCGCCGCCGCCGCCGCCUCCCAGACCCCCCGCAACGACCCCGCCGACCAAGACGCCAUCACCCUCCGCCGCCAGACCCCCUGCCUGCUCCCCCCGCUCGACGACAUCGCCCGCGUCGACACCGACGCCAAGGCCGCCGGCUACUGGGACCUGUCGGUGCCCUUUGCCGACGAGCCCCGUCUCAAGGCGGACUUCCGCCGCUGCCAGACCGUUUACCUGCGCCGGCGGCCCGCUGAUGAGGGGACUUUCCCCGCGACGCUGCGCGCGCUGGCGGGUGGGGCGGUCUCGGAGGAGAUUGCGGCGUUGGCGGUGGAUGGUGGUGCUGCUGCUGCUGCUGCGGGUGGUGGUGGUGGUGGGGAGAUGAAGCGGCGGGAGCCGCCGCUGCGGUGGGUGUUUGGGUUGGAUGCGCUGGCCGAUCUGUCGCUUGCCGAGAGGGGGGUUGUGUUGGAUCUGUUUGGGUCGGGUGGUGGGGUUGGGGAGGGGGAGGGUGCGACUACGGCGGUCGAUGCGAGGUUGGUGUUGAGGGCUGGGGUGGAGGGGGUUGGUGGGUGGUCGAGGGAUCGGUUGUUGGGGUUGAGGUUGCUGUUUGAAUGGGCUGAGAGGAGGGGACUGUUUGCGGAGGGGAAGAGUGCUGCUGCUGCUGCUGCUGGUGAUGGUGGGGUGGUGGAGAAGCAGGCUGAGGGAGGGAAGGGGAAGAAAGAUAAGGGGAAAGCGAAGAAGACUGCGGCGGGUAGGGGGAAGAAGAAGGUUUCGAUGGGGGCGGCGCUGCAUGAGGAGCUGGAGAAGAAGGCGGAUGAUGUUGGGCCGGUGGAAGCGGCAUGGUGGUUGAGGGAUAGCGCGAUUGAUGAGCUGAAGGGGAAGACGUGGCUUGCUGGGAGGGAGGGUUAG